GCGAUCUUUACUGAACGGAACGUGCACAAAACGCUUCAAGUCAAGAUGUGGUUUUGCUAGUUGUUCCGCGACUAUUCUGCGAAAACCACACCGACUUCGGGUACUCGCACAUCGUCCGCGAAAAAAACAUAACGUUCCACAGGUACGACCAAGAUUUAAAAUCUUAUCCAAAAAAAAAAAUGUUAUUUUGUUAAUGUGAUAUUAUUUUUGACUAGAAACUAUAUAGUGAAAAGUAUUAUUGUUAUCAAAAUGAAGACGAGUCGUUUGGCUUUAAUUGGAAUAUUGUUUUUGGCUGAAAUUUCUAGUCUAUUGGCGCAAAAAAACGAGAGCCUCCAGUACCGGUACCUCUGUCCGAAAAAUUUCGAAAAUGUCGGAAGAAAGUGCUACCAUUUCAGUAGUACUACCGGAACUUGGUUCCAAGCUUACUUCAAUUGUAGAGACUUGGCCGAAAGCAAUUUCACAGUUUUCACUGAUCGGUACGAUCAGAGACAGUUGGAACAUUUUUUGUUUAGGAAUCGGAGCAAGAGCCGAGAUCAUAACGCAAACUCUCUCUGGGUAGGAGGUUUCAAAGACUGGAAACAGAAAAAGUGGAUCUACACAGAUGGAUCUUUGAUGCAUUAUCCUUCCAAAAAAGAAAUUAUUAUAAACGAAGAAGAAGAUAAUUGGACGUGUUUGCUUAUUGACGGUAACAGCAGAAGAUGGAGAGCAGAAAACUGUAUGGAAAAACGACCGUUCAUCUGCGAAGCCAAAGCAGUAGCUUCGGUGGUACUGAAAGUAUUGGACAAAAAAUUCAAAAGAAAAAUCACCAUAGACGAGUGCAUCAGCAACACCGAAUUGUUGACUCCCAAACAAAAACGGAAAUGUCUAAAAAUGUUAGAUGGUGUGCAAAAUGGUCGAGAUCUUCUUGGUGAACCGGCAGCAGUAAUACAGCAGGCCAAGCCAGCUUUCUCAGCCCAACCUGCAAUAGUGAGAGCAGUAAGUCACAUUUGCCCACAAAACUGGAUGUCGCUGGGUAACCAGUGCUACCUUUUCAGUAAGGAAAAGGUCACGUGGUCCGAUGCCCACUUCAAUUGCGGUCAAAUCAAUGCUAAGUUAGCUGUGAUAAGGUCUAAAGUGCAAGAUCAGAAGUUGAGGAUCUUUCUGAAUGGAUUUACUGAAAAACAUGAAAGAUGGAUUGGUGGAAGAUACAACACUAAAACAAACCAAUGGAUUUGGGCUUUGAAUGGCAAAUCCUUAAAAUACAACGGAUUCAUCAAAGAAAAUAUCCCCAAUAACGGUACCGAGGGUUUGAAUUGGCAAGCCAUUGUCAUGGACCCAGAACAUGCUUAUAGAUGGACGCACCGUAACGAAAUGGAAAAACACUUUUACAUUUGCCAAGUCAAAGGGCGGGCUGUAAAAAGACUAAACUACCCAAGACGACCGUCAGCUACCAUAGAAAUAAUUUCCGACAGAAAAAAUCAGAGAAGAAAUCAACAAAAUGUACAGUUUAGGAAUAAUAGGACUAGCCGGAGAGCAGGGAGAAAUAAAAGAACAUAGAGUUAAAGUACAUAGUUUUUAGUAAAUGCGCAAACACGACAAAAUCUACUAAGUGGUAUUCAAUUUAAUUUAAACAAUGCCUCAUUGUACAAUGGAGAUAUCAAAGAGAAAAUUAUAAGCUUUGACCAUAUUAUUAUCUGCAAAGUAGUUUGUGACAUAAUUAUGAGAAAAGCACUGAUAAAGUUACCUACCUUUUAUGGAAAACUGCUGCUUUCAACACAAAUUAAUAAGUAGGUAUGAAAAUGCUUACUUAUUUUGCUAAACAAGUAAUAAUUCAUUGUUAAUUUUUGCUAGUUACCUACUACUUUUCUACUUUACACAUCUUAUUAUUUGUAUUUAUUUUGAUAAUACAUUAAUCAUCAUUUAUUUAGUGAUCAAACAUUUCAUUGUUAACCAUUUGUGUUCAGAAUAACUGCCAUUUUUGUUUAUAAGAAUUAUAAAAUUGCUUCAGCUAGUAGGAUAUUACCAAGUAUUUGAAUAUUCUAAUAUUGAAAUAAACAAUCUGAUGAUAUCUUGUCCAUUAACAAAUAAAUAGAGACUGUUUCAUAGUGAUGGAAAAACUAUAGCAGUUAGCAACUCAAGUUGUAUCAUACAAAUUAUAAAAUAUUUGUAAUUGAAAUGUUCGUUACCUAUAUGGUUGCUUUUUUGUAAAAAUGUUUAUUUAAUAAAACUGUAUUUUUAAUUGAU